GGUUCCUUUCUUGAACAAAACUCAAAACUCAGGAAGAGGAAAGGGAAAAACCACAUAGGGUUUUGUCAGAGAAGACGACGAUUCGUUCGAUUAACCAGCGAUGGACGUGAUAAAGUCGCAGCAGAUAUCGGCGAGGCCGAUCGAGAAGGUGAUAGUGCACCCUCUGGUGCUGCUCAGCAUUGUCGACAACUACAAUAGAGUCGCCAAGGACACUCGCAAGCGCGUCAUCGGAGUCCUCCUCGGCAGUUCCUUCAAAGGAACCGUCGAUGUCACCAACAGCUACGCUGUGCCUUUUGAAGAAGACGACAAGGAUCCAAGCAUAUGGUUUCUUGACCACAACUACCAUGAAGCAAUGUUUUCCAUGUUCAAGAGAAUAAAUGCCAAAGAGCAUGUCGUUGGUUGGUACAGUACAGGCCCUAAGCUGCGGGAGAAUGACCUGGAUAUUCAUGGCUUAUUUAAUGAUUAUGUUCCGAAUCCUGUCUUGGUGAUAAUUGAUGUCCAACCUAAGGAGCUUGGAAUUCCCACCAAGGCUUAUUAUGCCGUUGAAGAGGUUAAAGAGAAUGCAACUCAGAAAAGCCAGAAGGUUUUUGUCCACGUGCCUUCAGAAAUUGCUGCUCAUGAAGUUGAGGAAAUUGGAGUGGAGCACCUGCUGAGGGAUGUGAAGGAUACAACAAUUAGCACACUUGCAAAUGAGGUCACUGGAAAACUUGCAGCCUUGAAGGGUUUGGAUGCACGAUUACGAGAAAUGCGUGGUUAUCUUGAUCUUGUGAUUGAUGGGAAGCUUCCUUUAAAUCACGAGAUUCUUUACCAUUUACAAGAUGUAUUCAACCUUCUCCCAAAUCUGAAUGUCACAGAGUUAAUCAAGGCAUUUGCAGUGAAAACAAACGAUAUGAUGUUGGUCAUUUAUCUUUCAUCGCUGAUCAGAAGUGUGAUAGCACUCCACAACUUGAUCAAUAACAAGAUGCUUAACAAAGAACACGAAAAAGCUGAGGAUUCCAAGCCGGCAACGGUACCACCAGUCGCUGGAAGCUGAACUUAGGUUAUGCGAUUAGGAUUUUCUGGUAUGACAAAAGCUCAGGUUUUGAGUGCGGGAUAACCUGUGUUAUAUACUUCUUCAGAGAGUUCCUGAGCUUGAGAAUUUUGGAUUCUAAUAGUCCAGCUGGAGAUAACAGGGUCUCCAAACCUGGGAUUCAUCAUUUCUGUUGAUUUGUCAUGAUGUUGAACUGUAAUAUGCUUAGGUUAUGUUCCAUACUAAAUGGCCAUCUGAUAUAGGAUUUUAUCUUCUUUUUAUUCAGUAUGCGGACUACACUGCCAUCACGAUGAUUUGCGCCUCACUUUCUUGUUUGCGCCUCACCAAAGAAAUUAUAUGGUUUUAUGUCUCAAA